AUGACAAGAUAUUUCAAUUUAUUUCUGGUCGCCGUGUUUUUUGUUCUUCUUUCGAUUGCUCAGGUAAGAGUUUCUGGGGAUCAAGAAACCCAUUAGAAAUUUUCGAUACAGUCAAAAUUGUGGGAACAGAUUUCACACCAAAAUAAUUUUCUCAUUUAAGCAGAAACCCCCACAGUUGAUUCACUCAUUGAAAUUGGAGGCUUAAUUUUUUGAUAGGAACUCAACUCACUAUGGGAAUUAAGUUAUCAUAGAAAAUGGCUUAACAACAAUCAUAAGCUAAACUUUAAAUGUUCUCUAGAAUAGUUUUUUCAAGUUUCUCUCACUCAAACCUGCUGACUUUUCAUUUUCAGGCCAACUGGCUAUCGAAUCGAAAUGUGAAAUACGAAUCCGAUGGUGAAAUGGUGCAAGUUCCGCGUGUUUCCGAUCUCUUCAAAGUCAAAAAAUACCUUCCACCAAGAUAUCAAAAUUUGUGGGGUCAAGGAGAAAGCAGUAAGGUUGGCAAUUCUGCAGUUGCCUCAAGUUUGAAUGUCUACAAAGCGCCAGCUCAACAAAAACAAGUUUUUGCGUGGCAACCACAAAAAAUCGAUACAACUGUUUGGUAA